CGGGGGAACAGAACAGACCACCUGAACCUCCGUGCUGGAACACACAUUCAGGCUAGUGUUUCAGUACACCAAAAGUAACGAAAGAAGAUACUUCAGCGCCGCCGUUACCGAAAUAAAUAACAAAAUAAAUAAUUAAAAUGCCAUAGUUUAACUUAGUGCCGUAAUUAAUUGGAUUAAGUAAUUAUAAUAAACAUACUAUGUUGUUACGUUCUCCACCCCUGACUAAUCUAAUUCUAAUCCCCCUACGCCCUGUGAAGUGUUGAGAAAAAUUAAUGUGUCAUAUGAUCAUUUAGUGGUUCCAUCCCUUAACAAGCUGUGAUAUUUUUAGUGGUUAUUUUAUAAUUAUAUAUUCUAUUCAAAAUGACAGUUUCCUAUGCCUGCGAAGUACCGAAUGGUAGCAGUUUUGGAUGUUUUUGGAAAGUUCUAUGCAAAUGGAAAGGCAGUGUAUAUAAAUUAGUAUGGAGGGAACUUUUAGCAUAUUUAGCAUUGUAUUAUGUGAUAAAUUUAGUAUACAGAUAUGCAUUGGACGACCACCAACAAAAGACUUUCCAAAAAAUUCAAAAAUAUUUUGGAGCACAAAGCGAAAGUAUACCAAUGUCCUUUGUGUUAGGUUUCUAUGUAUCACUGGUUGUCAAAAGGUGGUGGGAUCAAUUCAGAUUGCUGCCAUGGCCGGACACGCUGGCUUUGUAUAUAAGUGCCGGAAUUCCGGGAGAUGAAGAAAGGGGUAGACUAAUGCGUCGUAACAUAGUCAGAUAUGCAGUUUUAUCAUAUGUUAUCACAUUGCAAAGGGUCUCUUUGCGGGUCAAAAGGAGAUUUCCUACAUGGCAACAUUUGGUGGAUAGUGGUAUGAUAAAUUAA